GCCGCGAUGGCGGCUUAUUUGACUCCGCGGUUCAGGCGGCUCCGGAGUCAGAGCGAGCUGGAGCCGCGGCGGGGGAGCGGGCGGCGGCGAGAUUGUGAUGGUCCUUUUCAGGCAACUCAGCUGUGGAAUAGUAUUAUUCAUGCUCUUCACAGUCAGGUGGAAAUCAAAAGACGUAGACAACAUCUGAAAACAUAUAAGAACUGUUUCACUGGCUCCAAUGCUGUUGAUGUGGUACUAAGCCAUCUUAUGCAAAGCAUGUACCUAAGCUGCAAUGAUAUUUCUCGGCUGAAGGGAGUUCGUGUAUGCCAAGCAUUGAUGGAUCACAAGGUGUUUGAGCCAGUUGGACCAAAGCUUUCCUUAUUCAAGAAUGAGAAAGAAACAGAGUUUGAAGACACAAACACUAGCCUCUACAAAUUUGUAAAUAAGUGUCCUACUCCUCUUCUUCCACGAAAGAAUAAAGACAAUGAGAGCACAUCUCCGGAGCAAAUCUGCAAACAGAAGACAAUAAUGUGUUCCAACAGAAUGAAGAGUGAAACAACACUUUCAAACCCCUUAGCAUUAGAAACAGCCGAUAAAAAGAGAGUAGAGGAGCUUCUUCAAUCAAUAAAUGUUCAUGCAUCUUUGUAUCCAAGGAUCAUGGUUAAUGAACCAACUCAUCUGCUUUCAAAAAGAGUAAUAGAUAAUGUCUGGAAACAGCAAACUCUGCUACGACUCCUGCAGUUAAUUGAUGUUCCACUUCUAGAAGACAUCUUGGUGUCUUCAGUGAAGAAAAAAACAGACUGUUUUGGCAAAGAAGAAGACCUGAUUAUCUCAAAUACUUUCCUGGACAGAGAAGUUACACAUAGCUUAAACUUGCCUGAGCUUGACAAAUGGCUCUAUGCUGCAAUUGAAUGCUUGGAGUAUCUCCCAGACCAAUUCAUAGUGAUGGUUAGUCAGCAGUUACCUCAAAGCACUAACAAACCAGGCAGUCUGAAUAUAUACAAGAAAAUUCUUUUUGAUGUUAUAAUAAAGUAUUAUAGCCAGAAGAAGGACUCCCUUCUUACUACUCAGGAUCUCGCUAUUCAUUCAGGAAUUAUUGAACUUAUAGAAAAAGGAAAAGCAGAUCAGGCUCUAGAGGCAUCACAACUUUAUUUAAGAUUAUUAGCACCAAAUAUCCGAGAGGAACUACAUAGACUCCUGACAUUUGCUGCCAUUGCAUCUGAAUCUGAGGGCUACAAAUUACAAAAACAAUUUGAUAACAGAUCGGUGAUCAUCAAGACUUGCACAAAGUUCAUCUUACAAAACAAGACAUCGUCUAAAUCACAGGCAGAGCUGCUGACUCAGUUUCUGAUGGACAAUCAUUCUGAGCUGUUCAAGACUCCUUUAACUCUUCUGGAACUAACUAGUAGGAGACUCAAGAGUUUGCUAGAAGGACAAGAUGCAGAUACUGAUUCAGGCUUCACCUUCUGUCAACGUGUGACAGCUAAAGAAUAUGAAGAUCAAAAACAACAAACAAACAAGUAUCUUCUGGCAUUGGUCAAAGCGAUGGACAAUGACCCCACCUUUACCUUGAAGCAGAAGAAGAAAUUAGUUAAAGAAUUCCGAAAAUACCAUUCUCUUAUCUAUUGUAGUGGUUGUAAAACUACAUGUGAAUUUUGCACUCUAAAUGGUUAGACAUCAAUACAGCAUUUUUUGGUUUUUUUUGGGGGGGAAAAAUGGGGGGAUUCGUAUGAAAAUUUCUCAUAUUACAAAACAUUUUCUUCUUAAGAUCUUACAUUUUCAGUUCCAGGAAAAAAAAAAAAUCAAAAUUGUUUGCUGCUAAAUGUGUAAAUUCUAAUGACUCUUUUAAGCAAAUUAUACUUAAUUGCUUUUAAGGUAGUAGUUAUGGCACACAGCUUGUGCUGCGUUGAGUUCAGGGUUUGGCACUUUUUUCCUUCUGCCCCACACCCUGUGGCUUUCUACCUGAGCCAACUCUACAUUCAGAGACAUGCUUGGGUUGAUAAUCAGUGAAGUUUUUAAACUUUUCUAUCUGUAGUUCAUACUCCAACUGUAACCUAGUAUUAAACUGUAGAUUAUGACUCCUAGGAGUAUUGUGAAAGAGUACAAAAUGUGUCAAAAAUAUUAGGAGCAGGUCAGUAGAUUUUCAGUCUGUGGCAGGCAAGAUUCAUGAGGCAGGGGAGCGGUGUGUUCUUGCAGUCAGUAAUUAUAGCCUGUUGCUCCUUCCCCACUCUGGCAGACUGAGCUGCUGCUAAUUCUGCAGUUACACAAAAGCAAGUAAAAAAUUACAUUUUUCGAAAACUUUAAUUUCAUAGAAUCAUAGAAUGGUUUGAGUUGGAAGGGACCUUAAAGAUCAUCUGGUUGCAACCCCCCAGCAUGGGCAGGGACACCUCCCACUAGAUCAGGUUGUUCAGAGCCCCAUCCAACCUGGCCUUGAACACUUCCAAGAAUGGGGCUUCCACAAUUUCCCUGGGCAACCUGUUUCAGUGUCUCACCACCCUCACAGGAAAGAGUUUCCUCCUGAUACCUAACCUAAAUCUCCCCUCUUUCAGUUUUGAUCCAUUACCCCUUGUCCUAUCACCACCCUCUCUGGUGAAAAGCCACUCCCCAGCUUUCCUGUAGCUUCUUCAGGUACUGGAAGGCUGCUAUAAGGUCUCCUUGGAGCCUUCUCUUCUCAAGGCUGAACAACCCCAACUCUCAGCUUGUCUUCAUAGAAAGGUGCUCCAGCCCUCAGAUCAUCUUCAUAAUCAUCUUGUUUUAGACUCUUGCUGUACUUAAGCAAGUUAUUUUAACAUGAGAAUACUUUGCCAAUGUUCCGUUAUUUGUCAUAAAUACUUUUGUAAUAUUUAUAAAUUCAUAGGACAAAGCUAGAAAGAAAGCACCUUGGCCUCACUUGACACAUUGAUGAUUAACUGUACAUUGACAAGGAAAUGUUGAUUUAUAUUCCAUAUUUAUUUAAUGAUUUAAUGUUACAGGGGUAAAAUUACUUCUUUCAUCCUCAUGACAGAUACUUGAGCUUGUAUUGGACAUAGAAACAGCAUUGACAUUGAAAGAGACCUCUGCUGUAGUCGUACCAUCCAGCUCAAAGUAGAGCCAAUUAUUGCAGGCUGCUCAGGGUUUUUUCCAGUUGGGUUUAGAGUAUCUCCAAGGAUGAAAGUGUACUCUGAACAUGAUUUUUUCUGUGAAUAUGUUUCUUCAGAUACCUGUAUCCUCAACUGCUCUUCAGAUGUGUGGUCAAGUUACCAGGAUACCAAAGCUUUCUGAAAGAAAAGUGCUGUUUUCUUUUCUUCUCUAAGUUGAAGUGGUUACACUGUUAGAUAUAACUACCUAUGUGUAAAGGUAAUAGGUUGUGUUAACUUGCAUAUUGCAAGUAGCCUUAAUUACAGGACCUGGGCCUGUUGGAAAUCAGGGAAGGUAGUUGAAAUAAGUCUGUCCACUCUGUCAAAUACUUUCUGGAAGAGGAAAAAAAGACCCAAGUUCUUCCUUUUAAAGGUGAAUGCCUUAAUUACUGGACCACAGGGCCAAGUUUUCUUUUUCUAGCCCUGUGUGGAGUGUUUUGGUCAUUCUUCCAGGAAAAGGAGCAUGUGUAGUAGGUUGAGAAUUGUAAAUAUGAAAAUAUAUUCUGAUUAAGUGCUUCUGGUGUUGAGUAGUAGGAGAAGAAGAUUUUUAGGUUGGCUUUUUUGUUUUCCCUCAGUGUCUUUACUGGAUCUCACUUAAAAUACUGAACCUGGUCACAGGGAGGGAUAACAUGGUAAUUUAUAGGAUAGAUGGAGUGGGAAUUGCUUUGGAAAAAAAACAAACUUAUGUUUUUAAAAACAAAUUAUUGCACUUUGUGACGUGAUUUGAAUUUUCUUGUUCUGAUUUAAGGAUGACAAUAAAGUAUUGCAUAAAAAGCA